AAGGCAUUUAUCAGCAAUGGCUAUGGAUGUAUCAAAGUUGGCAGGUUCUUCCAAGGACAAACUGCAUAAAGAAUGGGCUGAUUUCAAAGUGAGUGCCAAGGUCACUGCAAAGCCUGUGUGCCUGUAUGCCAUUGGAGGGCAGAGGGACACCCCAAUAUCAGCUCUAGACAGCGUCAGCAAAGGCAUGUGCAUCUGGGAGGAAUGCCUCAAGUUGACAAUUGACCCCACAGUUGACAGAUCCCGAGGCGUGCUGCCAAGUGAGGUCAUGGUGGGGGCAGAGGGACAGGUCACUCUCUACCCUCCACGCCGUCACAUCAAUAUCGAAGUUGGGGGAUCCACGCCGGGAAGCACAGUGUCUUCUGCCUCCAAAGCCAGCCAGAGCAAACCCAAAUCCCUCCCAGGAGUUCCCAUACCUAAGGGCAAGCCACAAACACCAAAGGCAGCAUUGAUGACUGCAGCAGAGCAGUCGGGAAAUUACAUGCUCGACCACAUCAAACGGAUCAGUGAAAACGCCUUUAUUGCUGGCAAUAAUAAGAUCCUCUUUAUAUGCCUUGCUUCUGCAGCUUUAGUACGGAACAGACUCAAUGCCUACAAGGAUAUCCUGAAACAACCAAGUUCCAAAAACCUUACAAGUGCAUUGGGACGAUGUGGUGAGAUGGUUGAGUUCUUGAUGCAGAACAUCCUCAGCUACAACUGCGACCUGCUUCACUCAGCCCUUUUGCAUGAUCCUGCCAGCCACGACUGGACUAAUGUUAAACCAUACCACGAGAAUGAAAAGUUCUCGGAAAGCAUUCAGAUGUGGGCUUUUUACAUGCAAGGUGUUCGAAAUGAUUUGUGGCAGUAUACUUCUCCACGGAUGAGCGAAAGUAUUUUAGCGAGCAUAUUUACGGAUACUUUAAGCAUCUUAGUCACAAGAUAUGCCCAGAUUGAACCUAGUGACAUGAGGCUUCAGCAAUACAAGGCAGAUGUUGUUGCAAUCUUGACAAUAGUUGCCGCUACUCUGCCUUCCCUUGUUGCCUCUCCAACAAUGCUCUUCUCGGUUCGCAUCCAUGAGUCUGUUGCUCUGCCUAUCCAUCGGCGUGCAGAUCUGUUACUCAAAGUUGCUGCUCUCAAGUGUGCUCCGAUCGAAAAUGUUGCUAGAAUAUUCCACAAGGGCUUUGACAAUGCAGUAAAGAGAACAGGAUACCCAGACUCACCAACGAGCAUUGAGUCCACUCCAGCUUGGCUCACUUUCCUCAAUCCUUCGCUCUUUCCUCACGGGCAGUCAUCUCUCAGGUUCCUCGGAGACCACCAAGCUGUCUAUCUCACCUUGCUUACGGUGGCCAGUCGACCGCAGCCCCAGUAUCCACUCAUAAUAAGGGGAUUACUGAUGCGGAAGUUCUUGGGCACAAAGACCCUGAUGGAGGGACUGCAUGAUGCCCCUGGACAGGUCACAGCAGGAAAAGCCUGUGACGGCCCUAUGUGCAUGCCACACCUGUGCUCACCUCCUCUGAUACCUCACACUGUGUACGCUGCCAUUGCUCAGAUUGCGAUGAGAUGUGUGGAUUGGACGCCAGCCUUGUCCAACCUUAUUGGUCCUGGCGUCAAACAGUCUGGCUUGUGGGAUUCCUUAGACCGCACGCAGGUUUGGAACAUCCAGCGCCCACCAUGGCAUCAUGCUCUCGUGCAGUUGAUUGCUCCAAGCGUAGUGGGUGUUGUUGCUGAGGUCAUGCGAGCAGUGCCUCCCAAGCCUCCUGCUAAGCCAGCCCACCCCAGCCAGCUGUCAGUCAGGCUUGAGCAUCAUCUGGCCGCUUGGACUCUGCAGCUGUUGACUGGCCUGGAAGGUGUUGCCGACUCGGUUCCUCUCCCGGUCAUUUACGCGGCUCACACCAUCAACACGUACCUUCCGCCUACCAUCAAGCCUACAGGAGGACAUGUGGUUACACAUUUGGUGGUUAAUGCCCUGUAUUCAACGGUGAAUUCAAGAGAGUCCCUGGACCAGUUGAAUGAUUCUCCAAUCACUGACGGACAGUGGGACAUGAUGAUUGCUGUUGGUGAGAGGCUGUGUUCUUUGCAUGAUGGGAACUAUGACACACACCUGAAGCAGAUGACACAAGCCCUGUUGUUGCAACUAGAAGACCUUGAAGACGAGGAGGAAGAAGACAGCCUGGAUGACUACACAGAUGAAGAUGUGAUCGACAGUGUUUGCAAUGCUCUUGUUAACACCGUCCUCUCAUCAGUUCAAGGCCAACAUGCAUUAGUGAAGUACCCUGGCCAUAGGGAGGAGAUUAUGUGGAUACUAGAAGACCUUGAAGACGAGGAGGAAGAAGACAGCCUGGAUGACUACACAGAUGAAGAUGUGAUCGACAGUGUUUGCAAUGCUCUUGUUAACACCGUCCUCUCAUCAGUUCAAGGCCAACAUGCAUUAGUGGUCAUUUGGGAGUUCCUGAAACGUAACAUGGAAUGGAUGCAGGAAGCUUUAGAAGUACCGGCCUUGUUGCCUUUGACAUCCAACAAUCCACCCACCGCCCUGAACUUCUCUCCCAAGCCGCCUGUAUACAACCCCCUGCACUACUACAAGAGGAUGAUCUAUACACGUUUGGAUCAAGAAAGUCUCAUGAACUUCAAAGGAGACUGGGAUGCCAUUCUGUGGAGUGACUUGGGCAUGCCGAAGGAGACGAUCGUUGACAUUCUGCGACAAAGACCAGAGUUCCAGGAGGACCCAUACCUCACACCAAGUCAGAAAUUAGCCAUGAAGAAAUUGGCACCAUUUGUGGUUCCCAGUGAUGACUGCAGUUCGAAACAUGAGGAGUGAGGGAACGCAGGGGGAGGAAGAGAAUAUAGAAGGAGGGGAAUAAAAAGGGGGAAUGAGGAGGGGAAAAAAAGGAGAAUGAGAGAACAGAAGUGAAGAUGGAGGUAAAUAGGACUAAUAGAACAUAAAGGAAGAGUUAAAGCAUGUAAAAUGAAGAGUGAACAAAGAAAAGAAAAUGGAGUGAGUGAGCACAAAAUGAGUGAGAAAGUUUAAAGUGAAGACCAAGAGAACAAAAAGUACAGAACGAGAGAAACAAAAAAUGAAUGGGAGAAGAAAACAGAGUUGUGAGAGAAUGAAUUGAUGUGUGCCUUUUAACUUAAAUUGUUUAUUCUUGAUAAGUUAUGCCUGGAGAUUGAAAAAAUUCUCAAGACAACAUGAUUUGAUUGAAAAAAAAAACUAUCAUCAUCCUUUUUUGGUUAAUAUUUUAAGUCAAAAGUGUAAACCUCUUGCUUGUAAAUUUAUCUUCAUUUAUAAAUUUAUAUAAUAUCUCUUUUCAAUCAUUGCUCUCUUGAAGUUACAGAAACACAAACCACUUUUAGAUUAUUAAUAGUCAGUUAUAUAUGUCUGUCCAGAUCUCAAAACAAUGGCUGUUUCAAUAAAAAAUAUUUUUAGCUUGAAGAUAAUAUUAUUGCCUCAUAAUUGACACUGUUGAUUCCAUGCGCAGUUUUUGGUGCUUGUUGACAAUUCUUGAUACAAUUUGUUACAUCAUAGGUGCUAAUUACAUCAAUGCUAAAUAGUAGACUUCUUAUAUAAAAUUAUGUAGCUCUUACUUCAGCAUCGGUUAUAGCUACACAUAUAUUGUAAAUCUUAAAGUUGCUUCGUGAAUUAAUUGAAGCAUGUAGGAGUGAUUUCUUGAUUUUGUCUUGCCAUCUAAUGUAAUUUUUGUUGUAGUUUAUUUUGAAUUUGAUUACAAAAUUUAGAUUACAAAAGGGGCAGUUUUAGAUAUGUAAAUGAGAUCUGCUAAUAAUCUGCUCUGUGUGUAAUAUAAAUAUUGUAUUUGUUAAAAUUUACCAAGUAAUAAAAUACAGUUG